UCCUCGGAGCCUAUAUAUAUCAAUGUGUUUAACUUCAUCAAUUUAAUUUAGUGCGCAGUGGAUGAGCAUCUAAACAUACACUCAAUCAAGAUGCCCAAUAAUUCAAAGCUCCAAAUCGCCAUGUUCCCAUGGUUUGCCUAUGGCCAUAUGAUCCCCUUCCUUCACCUUGCUAAUGAAUUCGCCAAAAGAGGCCACACCAUUUCCUUCUUGCUCCCAAAAAAUGUCAUCUCCAAACUCGCCACCAACAAUCCUCGCUCUCAUCUCAUAACCUUCCACGCUCUCUCGCUCCCGCACGUCCCCGGCCUGGCUCCGGGGGCGGAGACCACGGCGGACGCCAAGGAUUCUUUUGUCCUCUCGUCGGCCAUGGACGGGACUAAGGACCAAGUUAGGGCCAUACUCGAGGGGGUUAAGCCGGAUUUCGUCUUCUUCGACUUCGCUUAUUGGGUCCCGGAUUUAGCACCGGAGAUCGGGUUCAAGACGGUUUAUUUCAAAGUCAUGAGCGCCACCACAUCCGCCCUGAAAAUGGUCAUGUCGACGAGUAAAGGACGGCCGUUAACGGCGGCGGACAUAUUGGCGCCGCCGCCGGGGUACCCUUCUUCAAAUGUGACACUCCGGGAACACGAAGCGCGCAAGGCGGCGCUGUUCGCCAACGCGCACGCCGAUGAACUGAGAAAGUUUUUCCGGCGCAGCGAUGUGGGGAUAAGAAACUGCGAUCUCUUAGCCGUGAGAACCGUCAAGGAAACAGAAGGGAUUUACUGCGACUACCUCGCAACUCAAUAUGCAAAACCCGUCUUAUGCACCGGCGCCGUCUUGCCGGAGCCCAGGGAAGAAGAAUCCCUGGAAGAUAAAAUCUCCAUUUGGCUUGCAAAUUUCGAGGCAGGCUCCGUAGUUUUCUGCGCAUUUGGGAGCGAAUGGGUCCUCGAGAAACCCCAGUUUCAACAGCUCCUCUUAGGCCUGGAACAAACAAACCUACCAUUCCUCGUCGCCCUCAAGCCGCCCAAGGGGACAACCAGCGUCGAGGAAGCCAUGCCGGAGGGGUUUCAAGAAAGGGUCCAAGACAGAGGAAUGGUUUAUGGGUGUUGGGUGCCACAAAACCUGAUUUUAGCCCACAGAUCCAUCGGCUGCUUUGUGAAUCACUGUGGGUAUGGAUCAAUGUGGGAGUCUUUGAUGAGUGAUUGCCAGUUGGUGUUUGUGCCCAACAUUCUUGAUCAAAGCUUGAACACAAGGCUCAUGGCGGAUGAACUGAGAGUUGCUGUGGAGGUGGAGAGGGAUGAAGAUGGGUGGUUUUCAAAGGAAAGUAUUUGCAAGGCGGUGAAAUCAGUGAUGGAUAGAGAUAACCAGAUCGGUUGCUUGGUGAGAGAGAAUCACAGAAAGUGGAAGGAAAUUUUAACAAGGCCUGGGUUCAUGAGUGAUUAUGUGGACAAUUUCAUACAAUAUUUGCAAGGGCUAGUAUAUGUGUAGUUGAGUAAUUCACAUUAUAUUGUCUAAGAAUAUAAUGUCCAUUCCAUUAUCAUUCAUAAUUUAAUUUGCAAGAGCUUUUGGAUUUAAUAAAGAGAUGUCGAUCUUAUA